GCACCUGCAUUUGUUCCUGCACAGACAAUUCCAAUGAACGCGGUAGCAUUCUCGAAUUUCCUUGCCUCUUUCCUGGCACUGACAUUUGCUUCAUAUAUAGGCUCAGUGCUAAGCCAACAUAUGGAAUGGCAUUUCGGCGUAAAGUUGUAUGAAGACACACAUUAUGAUUUUCAACACUGGCCGACAUGCAAAACCAAAGAAGAAUACUACCGGGAACUGUUCCACGCCGUAGAAAGACGAUUUUCACUGCUUCGUCACGGACGUCUAGUCUUAAUCAGGCAUGGAUAUCAAACUCUAACACACACACAAAGCAACGCCCUCUUUGGGGGAGAAUGGAAGAAAUGCACCAUAAAUGAAAUCUAUAAAAACUGGCAUUCGCCACAUACUGCAAGUAUUCGAGCACAGGCACGCGACAAUGAAGUUAUCAUCGUAAUUACUAAACGCACUCUUACUCUUGCCAACGGAAAUGAGGCCACUGGUAUCCCGUUCUAAACAAAUAUUAAGCACACUGGCAUCGAUCUGGGUGUGGUUCCAGGG